UCAGAUCGAUUAAAAGUUCGCAUUCGUUAUGUGAAGAAUUCUAUUUUGAAUUCCCUGGCUUGGGGCGCACCGAUUUUGUCAUGGCAGAUUCUCGAUGUUGAUCAGCCAGUAUUUCUCAUAAUUUUGGUUGGAAAUAG